GUCGCCAGAGAGAGAGGGAGAGAUGACGUCAGUGGGCGGGGCUUCCGCCAUUUUUUUUUCUUUCUGUUUCAAGAUGGCGGCGAAUGCGGACUUCCGGUAAAGUCUCCCGUUCUGUGGUGAUUUUUAUAUCAAUUUGACGGGAAUAAGGAAAUAGGAAAAGGCGUCUCUCUCUCUCUCUCUGGGUGUGUCAGUCUGUCCGUCCGUCUUGAGGGCCAUGUCGGGGUCGGUCCUGCGUCGGGAGGGCCCGCAGUUCAUCAGCGAGGGGGCGGUGCGGGGCAACGCGGCGCUGCUGGACUACUGCCGGACGUCGGUCUCGGCGCUCUCGGGGGCCACGGCGGGGAUCCUGGGCUUGACGGCCUUGCACGGCUUCGUCUUCUACUUCCUGGCCUCGCUGCUCCUCUCGCUGCUCCUGGUGCUCAAGGCCGGGCGCCGGUGGGGAAAGUGCUUCAAGUCCCGGCGGCCCCUCUUCACCGGAGGCCUCAUCGGCGGCCUCUUCACCUACAUCCUCUUCUGGACCUUCCUCUACGGCAUGGUCCACGUCUACUAGCCCGGGUCCCUCCACCACCCCGCCUGCUCAUGAAACACCACCAGGGGACACCUCUGGGCCUGUGAGUAGCCGCUCGCCCUCACUCCAGGGACACUCAAGGGUCCUCCGGCCCAACCUGCAGCAUCCCAGGGUCAGGAGAGACCCCCAAAGGGCAUCUGGUCUGACCCGGAGACCCCCAAAGGGCAUCUGGUCUGACCCGGAGACCCCCAAAGGGCAUCUGGUCUGACCUGGAGACCCCCAAAGGGCAUCUAGUCUGACCUGGAGACCCCCAAAGGGCAUCUGGUCUGACCUGGAGACCCCCAAAGGGCAUCUGGUCUGACCUGGAGACCCCCAAAGGGCAUCUGGUCUGACCCGGAGACCCCCAAAGGGCAUCUGGUCUGACCUGGAGACCCCCAAAGGGCAUCUGGUCUGACCUGGAGACCCCCAAAGGGCAUCUGGUCUGACCCGGAGACCCCCAAAGGGCAUCUGGUCUGACCCGGAGACCCCCAAAGGGCAUCUGGUCCAACCUGCUCACUCACUACAAUGUAAAUAGUCCCUUGAAGCGACCCCUCAAAGGGCAUUUGUCCAGUUUGUUCAUUAAACCCAAUGGGAAAUCUCUUGGCGUGUCAAUAGUCGCUCUUUUUCUGUCCGUUGUAAGGUGGAAUGAGGCUCCCAAAGGGCAUCUAGUCUGACCUGCUCAUUAAACACAAUGUAAAUAGUAUAUCCUACAGAGCUCUAGCCCCCAAAGGGCAUCUGGUCUGACCCGGAGACCCCCAAAGGGCAUCUAGUCUGACCCGGAGACCCCCAAAGGGCAUCUCGUCCGACCUGGUCAUUAAAUACAAUGUAAAUAGUACCUUGGGGAGACCCUCAAAGGGCAUUUGUCCAGUUUGUUCAUUAAACACAAUGGGAAAUCUCUUGGCGUGUCAAUAGUCGCUCUUUUUCUGUCCGUUGUAAGAUUGAAUGAGGCUCCCAAAGGGCAUCUAGUCUGACCCAGAGACCCCCAAAGGGCAUCUGGUCUGACCUGGAGACCCCCAAAGGGCAUCUGGUCUGACCUGGAGACCCCCAAAGGGCAUCUGGUCUGACCUGGAGACCCCCAAAGGGCAUCUAGUCCGACCUGGUCAUUAAAUACAAUGUAAAUAGUACCUUGGGGAGACCCUCAAAGGGCAUUUGUCCAGUUUGUUCAUUAAACACAAUGGGAAAUCUCUUGGCGUGUCAAUAGUCGCUCUUUUUCUGUCCGUUGUAAGAUUGAAUGAGGCUCCCAAAGGGCAUCUAGUCUGACCCAGAGACCCCCAAAGGGCAUCUGGUCUGACCUGGAGACCCCCAAAGGGCAUCUGGUCUGACCUGGAGACCCCCAAAGGGCAUCUGGUCUGACCUGGAGACCCCCAAAGGGCAUCUGGUCUGACCCGGAGACCCCCAAAGGGCAUCUAGUCCGACCUGGUCAUUAAAUACAAUGUAAAUAGUACCUUGGGGAGACCCUCAAAGGGCAUUUGUCCAGUUUGUUCAUUAAACACAAUGGGAAAUCUCUUGGCGUGUCAAUAGUCGCUCUUUUUCUGUCCGUUGUAAGGUUGAAUGAGGCUCCCAAAGGGCAUCUAGUCUGACCUGCUCAUUAAACACAAUGUAAAUAGUAUAUCCUACAGAGCUCUAGCCCCCAAAGGGCAUCUGGUCUGACCCGGAGACCCCCAAAGGGCAUCUAGUCUUUCCUGGAGACCCCCAAAGGGCAUCUAGACUGACCCGGGGACCCCCAAUGGGCAUCUAGUCUGACCCGGGGACCCCCAAAGGGCAUCUGGUCUGACCCGGAGACCCCCAAAGGGCAUCUAGUCUGACCCGGAGACCCCAAAGGGCAUCUAGUCUGACCCGGAGACCCCAAAGGGCAUCUAGUCUGACCCGGAGACCCCAAAGGGCAUCUAGUCUGACCCGGAGACCCCAAAGGGCAUCUAGUCUGACCCGGAGACCCCAAAGGGCAUCUAGUCUGACCCGGAGACCCCCAAAGGGCAUCUGGUCUGACCCGGAGACCCCCAAAGGGCAUCUGGUCUGACCCAGGGACCCCCAAAGGGCAUCUCGUCCGACCUGGUCAUUAAAUACAAUGUAAAUAGUACCUUGGGGAGACCCUCAAAGGGCAUUUGUCCAGUUUGUUCAUUAAACACAAUGGGAAAUCUC